UUCCAUACACAAAUAAAAACCCAUCCCACCCCCCAUUCAUCACUUCAAUUCCUCCCAUUCAUUCAUCUCCCCCACUCCUCUCACUCCCACCACCACCACUCUCCCCAAUGCAAUCCAAUUCCUGCAACUCCUCCUCCUCUUCCACCCUCGACCUCCCCUCCCCUACCCUCCAUCCCAUCCACAGCAACCACAGCGCCAUCACCAGCCCUGCACCCACAACCCCCUCCUCCGAACCCUCCACCGAAGCAGAGUCCAAAAAACUCCCCUCUUCCCAAUACAAAGGAGUCGUCCCCCAACCCAACGGCCGCUGGGGCGCUCAGAUCUACGAGAAACACCGCCGCGUUUGGCUCGGCACCUUCAAUCUCGAACACGACGCCGCCCGCGCCUACGACCUCGCCGCGCAGCGCUUCCGCGGCCGCGACGCCAUCACCAACUUCCCCCCACUUUCCCUCUCCGCCGAUCCCCACGAACUCUCCUUCCUCCUCUCGCGCUCCAAAGCGGAGAUCGUCGACAUGCUCCGCAAGCACACGUAUCUCGACGAGCUCCGCCUCUGCCCUCCCCUGUUUUCGCCCAAAAACGCGUCCGUCGUUUCAUCCAAGCCCGCAAGGGAGCAUCUUUUCGACAAAGCCGUCACGCCCAGCGACGUCGGCAAACUCAACCGGCUCGUGAUCCCCAAACAGCACGCGGAGAAGCAUUUCCCGCUUGCGGACGGAGCGAAGGGAGUUUUGUUAAAUUUUGAGGAGGGAUGCGCGGGGGGGAAGGUGUGGAGGUUUCGUUAUUCGUAUUGGAAUAGCAGUCAGAGCUACGUGCUGACGAAGGGAUGGAGCAGGUUCGUUAAGGAGAAGGGGUUGGUGGCCGGUGAUUUGGUUGGGUUCUAUCGUUCCAAGGGGGAGGAGAGGCAGUUUUAUAUCGAUUGCCGGCCGCGAGGGGAGGAAGGGGGAGGAGUGCAGACUUUCCGGCUCUUUGGGGUGAAUAUAGGUAUUCUGGGAAGUCUGAAUAUGAAUAAAAAGAGGAGUUUUGAAGGGAUGGAGGUGGGAUUGUUGAUGAAGAAGCAAUGUGUGGGCGGUUUAGGUUAGUGAUUGUUAUUUGUUUGUUGUACGUAUAAGUGGAUGAUGUUGCAAGUGUAUAUUGGUAAUGUGGUCUACCAUUUUCUAACUUAAAUUUUUGUUAUUUUCUUAAGAAGUAGGAUGACUCGAUUGUUCUUCAUGAUUGUGUUUGUUAUUUGUGUCAAUACACGGAAAUGGUUAAAUUU